GCCACACAGAUGAUGUACUUGUACAGCAUAGGGUGUUUUGUGUCGUCGCUUUCCUCGUCAUCGACUCUUGAAAUCAAGAAAAUCUCGGUGUUGGAGAUGACAGGUGUUUGGGGCCAAUCAGCUGGACUGCCUUGUGACGUCUCUCACCCGCCAGACGAUGGGAUUCACCUCCUCCUGUGGUUCAGAGAUUCCCUCACCACUCCUAUAUACAGAUUCGACGGGCGGCGGAGAGUGGGCGGGGAGGACUCUCACUGGGCAGAUGAAAAGGUCCUCAGCGGUCGAGCGUCACUCGACGUGUCGACCACGCCCGCGAUACUCCGCCUUGCAUCCCUCACACAGGCAGAUGAAGGGCUGUACAAGUGCAGGGUCGACUUCAUGUUCCACCCGACGAAGACCACUCGAGUCAAGCUCUACGUCGUAGUCCCACCUAAGGGGGUAACGGUGUUCCUGGAGGGGCUCGACGGGACGCACAAACCUAUCAAAGGGGUCGUAGGCCCCCUUCAGGAAGGGGAUAUGUUGCACCUUAUUUGUAUAGCCAUCGGAGGUAGCCCCCCGCCCUUAGUCGUGUGGUUCGAGAACACGAGGCUGAUCGACAGCCACAUGGAAUCAGACGAGGGAGACCAACAACACAACGUCACGCUCGCUUCGGGGCCCAUCACCGCCUCCACAACCAGUGAAACGUUGGCCACCGAAACGUUUCCUCUUCCUCUUCUCCCGGAGCUGAGUGGGAAUCCUUACAACAGCUUAACCUUGGGUCCUCUGACGCGGAAGGACCUCAAAUUGUUGCUCACUUGCGAGGCCUCCAACAACAAUUUAACUCUGCCCACUUCCGUCGUCGUCAUGGUCGAUAUGCUGUUACCGCCACUAUCAGUUAGCAUUAGAGGGACGAAACUACCGUGGGUAGGCGGUCACGAAUAUGCUGUAGAGUGCGAGGUUCGUGGUUCCAGACCUCAGCCAACCAUUUCCUGGUGGAACGGAGACCAUCGAAUCCUGGAGUCAACGGAAAAGAUCUCCCUGGACGGAAAUGUGACGACGAGCAGGAUCGUCAUGGAGCCCAGGGCGUCCCAGGACGGGUCCCUCCUGAGGUGCAUUGCCGAAAAUACGCAGACGGAGACCGUGAUUGAGGACGUGUGGAGUCUGGUGGUCCAUUACGCGCCGACAGCUGUCUCUACAUUUGGGUCCGAGUCGGAUUCCUCCAACAUCAAAGAAGGAGACGAUGUUGUCUUCCAGUGCGCCGUGGUUGCCAAUCCGUUGGCCUCCCACGUUUCUUGGAGACACAAUAACGUCGUCCUCAUCCACAACGUGACCUCGGGGAUCGUCAUUAGCAACAAGAGCCUCGUCCUCAGGAAUGUGACGAGGUCCCACGCUGGUUCGUACUCCUGCCACGCCCACAAUGUCAUCGGGGACGGAGCCUCAAACAGCCUCAGGCUGGACGUUAAAUAUGCUCCAUUUUGCACCCCGGGCCAGACUACCACCUACCACGUCAGCCGCCUGGAGAACGCUCAAAUCGAGUGCUCCGUUCAGGCCAACCCGGAGGAGAGCACCUUCCAGUGGAUGUUCAGGAACUCUGCAGACACCACCAACGUUCCCAAGGGGAGGUUCUCCUCCGCAGGGAGCAGGAGCCUACUGACGUACACUCCGAUGGCCACUCUGGAUUACGGGACGCUGCUUUGUUGGGCUACCAACGAAGUGGGGAGGCAGGAGGAACCUUGUGCCUUUCAUAUUGUGCCUGCUGAGAAGCCGGACCCCCUCACCAACUGUAACGUCAUUGAAAGAACGAGAACGUCCGUCCAAAUCGACUGUCAGGCUGGCAACAGUCGGGGACUCCGGCAAACUUUCCACCUCCAAGCUCGUGAAGAACAUAGUAAACACUCCAUUAAUGCCACUGCUUCCAGGCCUAGUUUCUUGGUGCAUGGCUUGUCUCCCGGCACAACCUACAACCUCGUACUCACUGCUAUCAACAUAAAGGGACUCAGUACUCCUCAGUACAUGGCAGUUACAACGCUCAGGCCCAACGGCUCAGCCAUACUAACGCAAGAUGGCCCCUUCGAGGCAGAAGUGCGUGAGGAGGCAAAACCCAAGGAAGGAGGAGGAACUCCUGCAGUAGAAGUAGGAGGAGGAGGAGGAAGAGAAGAAGGAGGUGGGAAAGGCGAGGAAGGAGGAGGGGAAGGAAGCUCAACAGAACUCGAAGGCGAUGACUCAUCCUCACUCGAGAACCUGGGCUACUCUCAGCUCGUCCCGGCUGCCUUGGGACUGGGCGCCGGCCUCAUCGUCAUCAUAUUCAUCCUGCUGUUUCUCAUCGUGUUCCGAACGUGUCACCCGCAUCGCGCGCGCAGGACGGUGCCGUCCAGCACCGCUCUCUCCAUCAGUGAUCAGACUAGAAGUGUCCUUAAUUCGCCAGUGGUUUCGACUAAACACUCCACCACCUGCAGUGAGAGAGAGCUCCAGAUCGACUCAGAUACCGAGGUUGACCCAGACAUCAUCCCUUUGCAAGAGGGAUAUAGCGACACAGGCUGUGCCGUGACCCCAGAAUCCCAGCUCUCGUCGUCAGAGCAGGUCAAAUACAGUAAAAUGCCAUCAGUCAUUCCGUGUAAAACCAUAUCGAAGUACAGCCCGCUGCCGAUGUCUCCUUCGUUGCUGUCGAGGGUCGUCGACCUUUCCCAGCCCUCAGUCUCCACCUUUUGUCCCUCCUACAAAGAAGAGGACGGCCUCGUUCAAGAGGCCUCCCUACCGCCCCCGGAAUCAAGUGGCUCUUUAGCCAGCGUCACGUUACACGCCACUCCUCUUUCCGCGCCGGAGGCGACGAUAGCCACACUGGCUCACGGCGGUGGCGGCGUAGCGUACACUGAGGUAGCAAGGGAGAUCACGCCUCCUUUCGAAUACCAGGGUGAUAUGGACGUCAAAAAAGCGCUCUCCAAACAAAGUGUGGCCGAAGAAGAAGACGGAUCGAGUGCUCCCUUGCUGGCGAAGAGAGAGAGCUCCGUUUAACGGUUAUAAAAGAUAGAACUGAUCCGGUGUUUAUACGAUAUUUUGUAAUGCUUUUUUUUCUCCUAUCGCGUGACUGAAACACUGACUCGACUUGACGAUGCUGUGUUGCUAAAUAAAAAAAAAAAGUAUGUGACAAUCAUUUUGAUACGUAAAUUCAAGUACAAAGGAACUAUUUAUAGGAUAGGGAGAUUUUAUACCGUUGGAAAUAUAAUAGAAGUAUAAUAGCCUCAGUGGAGUGAUAAAGGAACGUCUUGACUGAACGUACUUUCAACUCCAGCGUUUGCAUUUCGCUGUGAAAAUGUCCUUGAAGGAGGCUUCUAAAAAAACAUCAGUGGAAUGAGUGAAAUCAAAAUUAGUACUCGAUCGAACGCAUUCACGAAGUCUUCAGAAAUAUAUCACAUAUUUUAAUAAUGGUGUAAGAGUGUACUACUACAAGAUCUAUGUUUUUAUCGUAAAAUAAAUAUC